CUGAGCAUUGAGCAUUGUCUAUGCGAAAAUUUCUCUACACGCGUUUGUCACUUUGUUAUCAAUCUGUAACAUUCCUUCAGAAAAAAGUGUGAUGAUAUUCUAAAAUUUUACGAAUUCCAUUAAACGUUAACACAAUCACAUAAGUUAGUGAUCACAAUGAAUGGCUUAAUUGUUUUCAAUAAUGCCAACGAUGUAGUCUAUCAGAGGUUCAACAAAACCUUACAAAACCAUUUACUCGACAAGGCCAUUGACCAUGGCUUACUGCCGGAAGAUUUUGCCAAGGAUACAUGCGGACCAAAAGUCGAUCAAAAUGUCUUGGUGCAGCUUUUCAGCCCCAUCAUCAAUUCACAGAGAAUAAUGCAUUGCCAGUUUGACAACUGCUAUUCCAGCAUACAAUGUGAAGAGGAUCUGAAUUUGGUAUUUGGUGAGGUAUUGGGCUAUCAGUUCAUCAGCAUGGCACAGGAAAAAUUGGAGCUUAUGCAGAGGAAAAUGGGUGUGGUCAUGGCUUUGGCCAAGCAUUUGUAUGGUCCCAAUCUGUUUGCCAGCGAUGUGCAGGAGGAAUUGUUCAGCAAAUGCAUGGAGUGCUAUGAGGAUGAGAUAAGAGAUAGUGAUUUGAUACUGCAAGUGGAGGCAUUGCCGCGUCUACUGAUAAAUGCUGAGCUAAGGCGGGCCGUAAAGGGCAGCUUGGAUAGGGCAUUGGAUUGCUUAAGAGAUGGUGGGCAUAUGAAAUGUCAUGCCCUGAUGUUUGUGGGAGUUAAAUUUUUGGCAGUCAACUCCAGCAAAUCGGCUUUGCCCUUAAGCCCCUCCGACUUAUUGUUCCUGGCCUUGUUGAUUCGAGCCUUACAGCGUGAUUCCAGGGGUUUAAACAAAACAAUGGCCAUCUUCCUGCAGGGCAUAGCCCAAGACCCUCAAUCGGGCUGUGUGCCAUGCAUAGCCCACCUCAAUAAAUUGAACAAGGGGGUGGUGUUAAUACAGCUAGUGGAAUAUGCCCCCUUGAGUGUGGCCAGCAGCCUGUAUGAUACCUUCUUUGUAUUGCAAAAAAUUGUCUCCAUACAAAUGCAAGGAGAUGCCGAGGCCUUACGACCCACCUAUGAGUCCUUGGAGACUUUUGUACGCCAGUCUCUGGAUGCGCUGAAGAAAGCCAAACUGAAGGGUGACGAUGUGGAGAGCAGCAUGAAAAAGUUCUCUGCCAAAUGGGAAAAUCUUAAGAAAAUGUACAAUGAAUUUCUCAAGUCCUACGAGAGGGACUUGAUAGUUAGAAUUGAAUCCAACAUACCAUCAUUUUUGGAAGAUCUCAAGCUAUUGUUCACCCUAAGUUGCUGCGAUUCAUCUGCUGUUAACUUCCAACAACUACCCGAGGUGGCCUCUGUGGUGGAGGGAAAACUGUUGGAAUUCUCUGAAUUUUUGGCCGUCAAAGCAGAGAGAAAUGUCACCAUAGAAGCCUAUCUGGAGGAUUUUCCCGGUCUCAUACAUUUCAUAUACAUAAAUCGUUCCUCGGGCUUAAUGAUCUCGCCGGACUUGAAGACCUCCAAUCCCCUGAUACCUACGGAAAAACUUUUCGAUAUGUUGGAAUUUUCACGCAGACAUUUAAAGAAAGGACACUCCUCCAUGAUGUGGAAAGAUAAAUCAUUUAACUAUGCCUAUUUUCUGUGGUUCGAAGAUCAAUCGACGGGCUCCAGUCGGUCUAUAGAUUUGGAGCAACAUUUGAAUUUGCCUUCCGCCAACUCAGCGAAUUCAUUUAAACCCAACUUUGAGCCGGGUCUACUGGCAGGCGAUUAUUAUCAAUUGCUGACAGAAAUUUGCUUCCCCAAGACUCCGGUGCAUAAAAUCAAAUGUUACGAACUGUUUUUGGUGCACUUGGGAUUGGUUACAGCCACCUGUGCCGUGGAACAUGCCAGGCGUCUGGUGGCCACCAUAGCUGACGUUGUGGGCGAUGACACUUUUUAAGCGAGAGCAGAGAGUUUUAAGAUGCGAAAAACCAAAAAGACUUAACUUAUUUUUUAUGUAAUAACUACAGAAAUAAAGUGCAAUAUUUAUAAA